UCAUUGAAGGAGCUAUCAAAAUUUAUGGAUCAGGCUUCCUCAGCUACAAUGUUCAUUCUCUUCAGCAUCUGGUUGAUGAUUACUCCAGGUAUGGUGAUCUGGAUAAAGUAUCAGCCUUCAAGUUCGAAUCCUACCUUGGGUCUCAUAUAAAAGGAGCUGUCAGAUCAGGCUACAAACCACUCCAACAAAUAGCAACUCACAUAAGUCUCAUCAAUAACAACCCUAACAAAUCUUGCAAGACAUCAAUUCAUCUCAAAUGCGAGAAAAAAACGCUGGCAUCCUCUGAAAAAUCUGUGGGAGAGUCAUUCAAGUCACUGAGAAUCCGAAAGGAUAUUGAAAUUAAACGUGGAUCUCUGGGAUGCAGGGACAAUGUUGUAAGAUUGAAAAAUGACCAAGUCGCUAUAGUGCGAGAUAUAAUUUUGGAUACGACGGCUGUGAAACUGGUCGUGCAGAUUUUUAAACAUAAUAAGGCAUUUUUUGAGAAGCCCUUGGACUCUAGAAUACUUGGGACCUAUUUGGUGAAAAAUUUAAGGAGUGUCAGGUAUUAUCAGCAACUGAAAUAAAGUGUAAAAUGAUGCUUCUGCCUUUCAGAAAAUCUUUUGUGGCAAUAACUUUACCACAUUCUCUGAUAGUGUAGAAGAUAAAAAUGAAGGAUUUCAUCGGUGUUGUUUUUGGAGACAAUUCCAACAGUGUCGUCCCAAAACGGUGGCUAACGCCAGGUAGUUCUUCGUCUGAGACCAAGUCUUGUUUCUGGCCAUCAAAGAAUGCACAUGCGAAGGCGAAGGCGAAUGCUGAACCCAACUCAAAAUGGCCCACAUACAACUGCAGAAUUUUGACAGAAGCAUCAACUUUUGAAAGGUGCGAGAAAAAAAUGUAUACGCUAACGGAUGGUUCAACCUCUGCUGACGACGAAGCUGCUCAGCCAUUGAUCCGGCCUGUGCCUGUCUUGUCUUUCACCCCUACAUCUGCACCACGGAAGUGCAUUGCUCAGCAGUGUGGGACUUUUCCAGAGGAAUGGAUGGAACGCAUUGGUUCCAUGAUUGGAGAGCUAACAAACAAAAUUGACAGGGUCGAAAAGAACCAAAACAAACUCGAGAGGCACGUCAGUAAGCAUAUUGCCAUGGCGGAAAGCAAGUCUCUGGGUGCCACUGAAGCCCUCCCCGCGCCAGCCACUUCCAUGACUGAAUUAGAUAAUAUGGCUAAGGAUCCUAACCUGAUUCAAAAAUUGCAACCAUACAUCGGAUGCAACUCCAAGAUGACUACGAGGAGACUGCUGAAGCGCUGCAUGUCACGGGAUUUGGCACUUCAGUUCAGUUUUACUGGUUUGGGAGAGAGAAGAACUGCAACCAAACAAGCAUUUGGAGGCCACCUACUAUGCACGCGAAUUCUAGGUGAUGCCGCGGCGUUGCAGAUGAAAGAUACAAGGGAGGUGCUCGUAAGCCACAUCCAGACCGCACUCCGAGGUGCGCGUGAUUGGGACGGAGGAAGGAAGUUGCGGCUUGAUGCUGCCGCUUCUCUUUCGGGUGUCGGUUCAUCAACUCUACCUGCUACUGCGUCAAUUGAUAUUGUGCAUGGAACUGUUACUACUUGUACAUCUCCUGCUGGAUCAACGGGCGGUCCACGUAGUCCUGCCUUCCUACCAUCCGACGUUUUCAUUCAUGAUAUUGAAGGCGCUGGCGCUGGAGCCGAAACUGAUGCCGCAAUCGAUGAACUGCUUAGUUCCUCUGCAAGUGAACGCAACGAGAACAAGUCUUCUUCAAUUGGUGACGAAAAUUUGUCCAAUGAUUCCAGUGACAGUUAGGAAAUUUCAGGUUUUUUAAUGUGUGUGAUCAUAAUUACCUGUUUAGCAGUGACUUCAUUAUCAUGGUAGCAAAAUUGGCGGGAUCUGUUGUGGCCAGUAAAUCUAGUGUCUCUUAUUGAUUAAGGCUCAGCAAAUGAUCUUCAUUUAAUGUCAUGCCACAUUAAGGUAGCUCAUUUUUUCAAUAAGAUGCCGUUUUCCAGUACAUACUUUUUUUUCUUGACAAUCAUACAAUGCUGUUAGUGAAAACUAUAACAUAAUAAAUACUAUUAGUUAAGGUUUAGAAAAAAACCUUUUCACUGUUGAGUUUUUCGACAAGUGCCUGGAAAUUUAUUCAAUUUCAUGAUGAUAAAGAUUGGGGUUGAAAUAUAAUUAAGCUCUAUAGCCCUAAUUAAAUACGAAAGUUUCUUUUCAUUUGUUACACCGCCUCCUUCCUAUACCGCUGUUUUAAUGAUUUUCAUUAUACGAACUAACUGUGCUUGAUUAGAAUUAAAUUUGAUAUGCAAUUGAAGCUAAGCUGCCUAGCUUUAUUGUACUUGACUGAAGUUUUCGUCUCUCAUUCUUUAGUUGGUAUUUGAUUUUAGGUCAUCUCAUGCUUUUGCUGUAAUUUUAUGUUGUGACCGUAUGUAGACCGUAAUUAA